AUGGCCAAGCGCCGCGCGUCGACAAACACAUCUCCACCGCACAACAAGCGUGCACGAACACUCAAGAAGGUGCAGCAAGCCGAUAAUGACGUCGACGCUUCACAAACCGGGAGUCCUUUCUUCAACAAGCUGAAUGCGGACGUCCGAAUGAUUGUAUACGAGUACCUGCACGGAUGGCUUCCUCCACUGGCGUCCAAAUCCGUUCAGCGCGACUGUCGCGGGCUUAUAUUAUCGUGCAAGCAAGCGAACAUGGAGCUAUCUGAGGCGGCCGCCCGGCAUUUGAAGCUCUGGAUGAAGAACUUCUCGAAAGAUCUCGAAGAAAAACACGAGCGUCCUGUCACAUUGUACAAAGCCAUUCCUUUGCACGAUGGAUGGCAAGCGCUCCGAUCUAUCGUCCUCAAGAUUGACGUGCGCUUCUGUUACGACGAAGAUGUUCAGUGCUACGGAGACUACGGCUACAUCACUCGUAACUUUCACUGUACAAGUACUCGUUUCAAUUGGCAUUAUGGCCUAGAUAUUGAUGUGUCUGGCGGUGCUUCCGAGAGUAACGUCCUGAAUAAUGUUGUUCGGAUUCUUCGAAAGCCGUUCGAUAAAGUGACGAUCUUGUUCGCUUGUCCAAGUCAUAACGUUGUUGAUAUCGAAGGCAACGAGAUUCAGGAUCCCAACACCGAAGGCUCUGCCGAUGAUGACUCAGAGGACUACAACAGUGACGACUCAGAGACUACCGUGGUACGGGCGAAGCUUGGAAACAUCCUUGCGAACCUCCAAACCAUGCACCGACGUCUGGGAAUGUCUAUAUGCUCCGACUGGGUGCGGUUUCUUGCCUUCGAUGACCACCGGAAGGGUAGACAAUAUGCAGAAGACCCCAGUGUAGUUCAGCCUCACGACUGCCAGGGCCGAUUCUUCGACGAUCCCAGUGGAUGCGAAAAGUGCCGCGAGGACUGUGCUCAGCAUUGGAAAUGUACGCACCCAGAUGAGUGCGGCUGGUGGUGCGACGAGUACGUUGGCUCUUGCGAAUGUUACGGCCAAUGUGAUGGCCUCGACUGUGCGUGCCCGUGGCCGCACGAAGUUAUCGGUGAAGACAAGGCUCAACGGAGCUGCGAAAACAAGCUUGCAGACGACGCUUUUACCCUUGGACCAAAAUCAGCCGCCUACAAAUCUCGAUCAGAAUACAACUUUGCUUAUGCACAAUGGGAACGUAUCACUGAAGACUGUGGUCCAUUCGCGUGCUAUGGACCAGGAAAACCCGACUUCGAUGGAUAUGACUACGCCUUUGGAAAACCGACUGGUAAAGAACCUAAGCGCAUCCAGACCAAUGAGAUAGUCUACGCAUGGGAUUUCCGCGCUUCUUCUGAGCCAUUUGGCGGUAAAUUGACAGGUGGGACAUAUCGCUACAGUCAGAAACAUGUCAAGGAGUUAGCAAAGUACGACCAUUUGCACGUACCAAAGACUACCGCAGAGUAUGAUGAACAUUGGCCGAGCCGCUAUCUCCUUGAGUCCGAUGAUCUCCAGGUCGGUAUGAUGGGCAGCAAACACCCGAAGCGUUGGGCCAUGGCUUCAGAGGAGAUGUGGUACCCGGAUGGUAUGCAUCUUGGAGUCAACCAUUUCCUAGAGGAGGACGAUGGUGCUAGGAGGACAGAGACGGAGAGCCGGGGGGUGGGGAUGCCCAUCGUGGAACUGCGGCAGUCAAAGAAGAAGGUGUAA